UAGCCAGAGGAGCUGAGACAUCCGUUCCCCCAACAAGAAACUCUGAUUCUUGCAAAAUGGAUUUGCAAGUAUCAAGUACGACCUAUCUCUAUGAUGAUUAUGGUGGGGCAACACUCUGCCAAAAAACAAAUGUGAAACAAGUUGCAGCCCAGCUCCUGCCCCCACUCUACUCUCUGGUAUUCAUCUUUGGUUUUGUGGGGAACAUGUUGGUCUUCCUCAUCCUGAUAAACUUCAAGAAGCUGAAGAGCAUGACUGACAUCUACCUGUUCAACCUGGCCAUCUCUGACUUGCUCUUCCUGCUCACUCUCCCAUUCUGGGCUCACUAUGCUGCAAAUGAGUGGGUCUUUGGGAAUAAAAUGUGUAAAUUACUCACAGGACUCUAUCACAUUGGUUAUUUUGGUGGAAUCUUCUUCAUUAUCCUCCUGACAAUUGAUCGAUACUUGGCUAUUGUCCAUGCUGUGUUUGCUCUGAAAGCCAGGACAGUCACCUUUGGGGUGAUUACAAGUGGAGUCACUUGGGUGGUGGCUGUGUUUACUUCACUCCCAGAAACAAUCUUCAUCAAAUCUCAAAAAGAAGGUCUUCAUUCUACGUGUAGUCCUCAUUUUCCACACAGCCAAUAUCAUUUCUGGAAGAGUUUCCAAACAUUAAAGAUGGUCAUCUUGAGUCUGGUCCUGCCCCUACUUGUCAUGGUCAUCUGCUACUCAGGAAUUCUCCAAACCCUGUUUCACUGUAGAAAUGAGAAGAAGAGGCACAAGGCUGUGAGGCUCAUCUUUGCCAUUAUGAUUAUCUACUUUAUUUUCUGGACUCCCUACAACAUUGUCCUUCUUCUGUACAACUUCCAGGAAUUCUUUGGACUGAAUAAUUGCAGUAGUUCUAAUAGACUAGACCAGGCCAUGCAGGUGACAGAGACUCUUGGAAUGACACACUGCUGCAUCAACCCUGUCAUCUAUGCCUUUGUUGGAGAGAAGUUCCGGAAUUAUCUCUCGGUGUUCUUUCAAAAACACAUUGUUAAACGUUUUUGCAGGCACUGUCCAAUCUUCCAGCAAGGCAAUCUUGAUCGUAUAAAUUCAGCCUAUACCCGAUCCACAGGGGAGCAGGAUGUUUCUACUGGUUUAUGA